CCCCGCCCGGCCCGGGGCACCCGCGCCCCGGGCAGCAGCCAGCCGCGUCCCCAGCGGGCGGAGGGAAGGGGGGAAGGAGAGCGGAGCCCUCUCCACCGCUCUGAGGAAGGGGAGGGAAGGGGGAAAGUUUAGCGGAGGGUGUUUGAAUCGGGAGUUAUCCCUAAAGAGCCUUUCCCCUGCUCUGAUCCAGAGGGCAGCGCCGGGAGGAGGGGGCGGCGACGGCGAGCAGCCCCGCAACAUCUGUAAAACUUGAAGGAAGCGGUCGAGAGGAGCGCGCGAGAGAGAGGAAAGCGAGACGGACAACUUUUCCGACACGUAUUAGUGCAAGGAGAGCUGAAGUAAUGAGAAGUCAUCAUGGAGGCACAGUCCCAUAGCUCUACCACUACAGAGAAGAAAAAAGUGGAGAAUUCCAUUGUGAAAUGCUCCAGUCGAACAGAUGUCAGUGAGAAAGCUGUUGCCUCCAGCACAACUUCCAAUGAGGAUGAAAGUCCUGGGCAGACCUAUCACAGAGAGAGAAGGAACGCGAUCACAAUGCAGCCGCAGGGUGGGCAAGGCCUCAGCAAGAUCAGUGAAGAGCCUUCCACGUCGAGUGAGGAAAGGGCCUCAUUAAUCAAGAAGGAGAUCCAUGGAUCUAUAUCGCACCUUCCCGAACCUUCUGUACCUUACCGUGGGACGCUCUUUACCAUGGACCCCCGAAACGGUUACAUGGACCCUCAUUACCAUCCGCCUCACCUCUUUCCAGCAUUCCACCCUCCUGUGCCAAUUGAUGCAAGACAUCAUGAGGGACGCUACCAUUAUGAACCAUCUCCCAUUCCUCCUCUGCAUGUGCCUUCUGCCUUAUCUAGUAGCCCAACAUACUCAGAACUUCCAUUCCUUAGAAUUUCCCCGCACCGAAAUCCUGCUGCAGCAUCAGAAUCUCCCUUCAGCACACCUCACCCAUACAUUAACCCCUACAUGGACUACAUCAGGUCCCUGCACAGCAGCCCGUCCCUCUCCAUGAUCUCAGCAGCCCGUGGACUCAGCCCAACAGACGCUCCACAUGCUGGCGUCAGUCCAGCUGAAUAUUAUCAUCAGAUGGCUCUGUUGGCAGGCCAGCGCAGCCCGUAUGCAGACAUCAUUCCUUCAGCUGCCACUGCAGGAGCCGGUGCUCUUCAUAUGGAAUAUCUUCAUGCCAUGGAUAGCACCAGGUUUCCAAGUCCGAGGUUGUCAGCCAGACCAAGCCGAAAGCGCACGUUGUCCAUAUCCCCCCUAUCUGAUCACAGCUUUGACCUUCAGACCAUGAUACGGACAUCUCCAAAUUCCUUGGUCACAAUUCUCAAUAACUCUCGUAGCAGUUCAUCAGCCAGUGGUUCUUAUGGCCACUUAUCUGCAAGUGCAAUAAGCCCUGCUUUGAGUUUCACAUACCCUCCUACACCAGUAUCCCUCCAGCAAAUGCAUCAGCAAAUUAUAAGUCGUCAGCAAACCCUAGGUUCAGCCUUUGGACACAGCCCUCCACUCAUCCAUCCUGCUCCAACUUUUCCUACCCAGAGGCCUAUCCCUGGCAUCCCCAGUGUCCUGAACCCUGUCCAGGUCAGCUCUGGACCUUCUGAGUCCACACAGAAUAAACCCACAAGUGAAUCUGCAGUGAGCAGCACAGGAGAUCCCAUGCACAACAAGCGCUCCAAGAUAAAGCCUGAUGAGGACCUCCCCAGCCCGGGAGCAGGAAGCAUGCAGGAACAGCCAGAAGGAAUGACCCUGGUAAAAGAGGAAGGGGACAAAGAUGAAAGCAAACAGGAGCCUGAAGUGGUCUAUGAGACAAACUGCCACUGGGAAGGCUGUUCUCGGGAGUUUGACACACAGGAACAGCUAGUGCAUCACAUCAACAAUGACCAUAUACACGGGGAGAAGAAGGAGUUUGUGUGCCGAUGGCUGGACUGUUCCCGGGAGCAGAAACCAUUCAAAGCCCAGUAUAUGCUGGUGGUCCACAUGAGGAGACAUACAGGGGAAAAGCCACACAAAUGCACUUUUGAAGGUUGUACAAAGGCCUACUCCAGACUAGAAAACUUGAAAACGCACUUGAGAUCUCACACUGGAGAGAAACCGUAUGUGUGCGAACACGAAGGCUGCAACAAAGCUUUCUCCAAUGCAUCCGACAGGGCCAAGCACCAAAACAGGACUCAUUCCAAUGAGAAACCAUAUGUUUGCAAGAUACCAGGCUGCACAAAGCGCUACACAGACCCCAGUUCUCUCCGGAAACACGUGAAGACCGUGCAUGGCCCAGAGGCACACGUCACCAAGAAGCAGCGGGGAGAUAUCCACCCACGGCCUCCGCCACCAAGAGACCCAGGGAGCCACUCUCAGACCCGGUCACCAGGCCAUCAGACUCAGGGUGCAAUUGGUGAGCAGAAGGACCUCAGCAACACUACCUCAAAGCGUGAAGAAUGCCUCCAAGUGAAAGCGGUCAAGUCAGAAAAACCAAUGACAUCUCAGCCAAGCCCUGGUGGUCAGUCUACAUGCAGCAGCGAACAGUCCCCCAUCAGCAACUAUUCCAACAAUGGGAUCGAGCUUACUCUGACCGGUGGUGGUAGUGUAGGAGACCUCAGUGUCAUCGAUGAAACCCCAAUCAUGGACUCUACCAUUUCCACAGCCACCACAGCACUUGGCUUACAGGCCAGGAGGAAUAUGACAGGGACCAAAUGGAUGGAGCAAGUGAAAUUAGAAAGGUUGAAACAAGUUAAUGGAAUGCUUCCAAGACUGAACCCCGUUCCACCUUCCAAAGCCCCAACCUUGCCGCCUCUCAUAGGAAAUGGUACCCAGUCGAACAGCAGCUGCAGUGUAGGAGGAUCCAUGACUAUUCUGCCAAACAGGAAUGAACUUUCAAGUACGGACAUCACUGUGUUGAAUAUGCUGAACAGGAGGGACAGCAAUACUAGCACAAUCAGUUCAGCCUACCUGAGCAGCCGCAGGUCCUCUGGAAUCUCACCUUGCUUCUCUAGCCGGAGGUCCAGCGAUGCCUCACAGGCAGAGGGAAGACCGCAGAACGUGAGCGUUGCAGACUCCUAUGACCCCAUCUCGACGGAUGCCUCCCGGCGCUCCAGUGAAGCUAGCCAGUGUGAUGACCUGCCAAGUCUUCUCAGCCUCACCCCAGCCCAGCAAUACAGGCUGAAAGCUAAAUAUGCAGCAGCUACUGGUGGACCCCCACCAACUCCACUGCCUAACAUGGAGAGGAUGAGCCUCAAAACAAGGAUGGCACUCUUGGGUGACUGCAAGGAGUCAGGAUUAUCUCCUCUGCCUCCAGUGAAUGCCCCUAGAAGAUGUAGUGAUGGUGGGGCAAAUGGUUACAGCAGGAGGCAUUUUCUGUCUCAAGAUGCUUUAGGAAAUGGCACAAGGAGAGCCAGUGAUCCAGUAAGAAUGGCCUCCGACAACCUCUCUGUCCCUAGAGUCCAGCGUUUCAACAGUCUUAAUAGCUUUAACCCUCCUACUUUGCCUCCAUCCGUGGAAAAGCGCAACCUUGUUCUUCAGAACUAUACCCGUUCUGAAGGGGGUGUCUUCCGUGGCUUCAACUCCCCCUGUCCUCCAAGCAUCAGCGAGAACGUCGCCCUGGAGGCUGCUACGAUGGAAGCAGGUGGCAGUCUGAAUGAUGAGGAUCUCCUGCCAGAUGAUGUGGUUCAGUAUCUGAAUUCCCAGAACCAGGGCACGUACGACCACCUGUUGAACAAUGUCCUAGACAGCAACAAAAUGCAUCACAGCUCAGUUUUAGGAAACAACAACCCCAGUAACUUUGACCAAGCCGCUCCACCAAGCAGUCAGCAGGGAGGUCCCGAGGCAAAUAAGAGCGACUUGCCCAUUCAGUGGAAUGAAGUAAGCUCAGGAAGUUCUGACUUAUCUCCUUCAAAGCUGAAAUGCAGUCAGCGGUCAGCAGUGCAGCAGGCUCGGGCCUUCAGACUGUAUAACAAUAUGAUGGUUCAGCAGCAGAACCUGGAGAGAAGCAACAUGGCCCAGCAGAAUGGCUAUCAGAACCUGGUGGAGAACAAUAGUUCCUGCAGUUUACAGCAAAACAUGGUUCUUGGCAGCGUAGCUGGUAAUUCUUUCAGCGUGCAGUCCAAUAAGCCUUACAGUGAAAGCAUUAGCAGGCAAACAAUGAUGUCUGGGGCAACAGACAAUUCCUGUGGCAUGGCAGUACAAGGGCAGAAGCUGAGAAUCAGUAACAUGCCAGUGAGUGGGAACCAGCAGAAUUUCAGCCAUCCCAUGGCAUCUAGUGAUCAAGCCACCAAUAUGGCAAAUGGGAUGCAGAACAGGAAUAUGAUGGAACAGGAAUAUUUGCAAAACCAACCAGUUGGAGAUGGUGUUCAUUACCAGGGAGUCAAUCAAUCCGGUCAAAUGAUGCUAGGGCAGGUUAGUCCUACCUCACAAAGCAGCCUGUAUCAAGGAUCGCAGAGUUGUCCACCAGUGUCUCACACCAUUGGUAGCCAGCCUUCAACUUUGCCAGUGGCCAAAAGUUACCAGUCAUGCACUAAUUACAGCAGCAACAGACGGCAAAAUGUAUUGAGAAACAACCUGUCACAACAGCAAGGACACAUAAGUGAUGGCAACCAGACAUACAGGGUAAACACCAUUAAGAUGGAGAUGCAAGGUCAGUCACAGCAGUUCUGCUCUAACGUGCAGAAUUACUCUGGUCAGUUGUAUGACCAAACCACAGGCUUUAGCCACCAAGCUAUGAAAACAGGUUCUUUCUUUGGUUCGGAAGCUAACUGCCUGCUACAGGGGAUUGCAACUGAAAACUCAUCUGAGCUUCUUUCCCCAGGGGCUAACCAAGUGUCAAGCACAGUUGACAGCAUUGACAGCAACAGCCUAGAGGGUGUGCAAAUUGAUUUUGAUGCUAUCAUAGAUGAUGGGGACCAUGUCAGCUUAAUUUCGGAAGCGCUGAGCCCAAGUAUCAUUCAAGAUGUCUCCCGCAAUUCCUCACGCCUCACCACUCCCCGAGCAUCUCUUACAUUCCCAGCUAUGCCUGUAAGCACAACCAACAUGGCUAUUGGGGACAUGAGCUCUUUGUUGACCUCGCUUGCAGAAGAAAGCAAGUUUCUUGCUGUUAUGCAAUAGACAUGAAAAACAAAAAACCCUUAGGAGAUAACAGAUGGAAAAAAAAAAGACUCGUAUUUUUUAGUUGUGUAUGUAUUUUAGCAAUCUCAUCUCACCUAAAUGGGAUGUGUUUCAAGUAUAUUCCUUUUAUGGAAUAAGGACUCUGAAAACCCUAAAGUGUUCUAGGGAGAAACUGUCUUCCAUUUCAGUUUUGAAUCAGUAUUGCUACACCCAUUCCCUCCCUUUCUCUCUUUUCUCGCUUUCUCUCUCCCUUUUUGAAUGUCUGUAUGCUUCCUUUUUUUCUUUUGUUUUUUAAUUGUAAACCAAUGUAAACGUGUGAAGUGCAUGUUUUUUGUUUUGUUUUGGGUUUUUUUGUAAAAAAAGGUCUGAUGAAAUGACUUGGCAAUUUUCUAUUACUCAAACGAAGCUAGACCUUGUAAAACUGUUGCAACUUUUCCUCUUAAACAUAUAGGCACAAAAUAACCAGGCAUAAUGUGAAGUGAGCAGGCAGGGAUGAAAUCCUCUCUGGAUGCACUGUAUACAUCACACUGAGGUGGACAACCAGUUUAGAAAUGCACUGCCAUGCACCCUAGGCUGCAGUUUUAGAGUCAUGGAGCACAAGAAGUUGGGAGGUUCAAGCAAAUAAGAAAUCUAAAACCAUCAGCCCUUUGAUCCCUAGCAAAUGUUUUAAGGUUUUUGUAAACAUACACACAGAUAGAUGUCACUGCCUUGAAUAAUGAUAUGAGAUUGUGUCGUGUUUGACCUAUUUCAGAGGAAGGAGAGAACCAGAAAGCUAUUUUUAGUCCAACUUUCAUCUUUUGCAGUAUUUGGUAUUCUGUUUUUCAGCUUUCUUUUUUAAAUGACUGGAUGAUAAAGCGAUGGGUAUGUUUGGUGACUUGUAUAAUCUAUAAUCCUCUCAUUGCAUACCACAUUUGUGGAGAUACAAUCAGGGUCAUAUGGAGUAUUUCAUACAAUGAAAUAACAAAAUAGCAGUAUUCCAUACUGGGGACAUUUUUUUUAAUGCAAAUUGUUGAGAUGUAAUUUGCUGAGCCAGUGGUUCUUAUUCACAGUAACAAUUCCUUUGCCAGGAGAAAUGUGUCGUACAUCCCUUUUAGCAAAUACAGCUUCAUGGAUGGAUCAUAUGUUUUAAAAUAAGUAAAUGCCCAUUGACAAAACGCACAGUUACAGCUUCAAAAGCAUCAUGGUCGUGUCAUGCAGAACAAGUAGAAAACAAAUGGCUAACCCAGUUCUCAGACUAGCCAAAUAAAUCAAAGCAAUUGCAAGCAAUCUGAUAAUCUUAAGUGUUUUUCCACUGUGUCCAGGCUUUAAAAAAUUAAGAAAUUUAAACUAUCAUUAAAAAUAGCAGAGGAAUAAGGGGAACGGCAAAAAUUCAUAGAUGACAGAAUAUUCGGAGUUGGAAGGGACCCACAAGGACCAUCAAAUCCAGCUCCCAAGUGAAUGACUCGUACAGGGAUGCAACCCAAGGCCUUGGUGCUGUUAGCAUCGUGCUCUAACCAAAGAAAGAUCAAGCCAAUCUCUCUCUCUCUCGGUGACACCACAUGCAUUUAAUUUCAAAACAAACCAGUGGGUCAAUGCCCAGGCUCAGUUGCACAAGCAAAAAAUUGAAACCAAUGCACUGUGGUCGUGAAGCUGCUCACUGGUAGAGGUGAAUGGCAUUUGCUCUGUGAGCACUAGCUCUUCCAGCAUGUUUUUGGCUGUGCUGGGCUCCAUGUCUGCACCCCUGAACGCACAGUGCUCCUGAGUAAACAGGUUGGGGUGGGAAACAGUCACAAGACCAAGGUUUAUGUUCACUCACUCCUAGAAGCUGUGUGUAGGUCCAACCCUUGCAGACUUCUUAGUUAAAUCCUGAUAGGAAAGUGCAGCUAUGGGAUGUAAAUGGUCCAGGCACUUACAGUCAUAGAUUUGAUGUCUGUAAGGAGCUGGUGUUAUAGUAGAUACACAGUGGGAAGGAGGAGUGUGGUUGAUUUUGAAAUACAGAUAAACUUUAGCCCAGUCAAUAUUAGAAAUAGCACCAGAAGGUGAUUUCUAUAGGCUAGAAAGCCAUAGCACUUCUUUUGAACUGUAAAAAAAAACGUGAAAUACCAUCUGAUUCAGAGCAUGGCAUUUGAGAAAAUGUGUAGGAAUGGAACCUCUGUGAAGCUGUCAGAUAACACUGAUCUGUUAACAGCUGUUAGAGUCAGAGGACAAAGCUGUAAAUCAGUAGGAAAAUAUCAUAGAAGUCCAGCGCUGGGGCCGUAUUUGGGCUUAUCACAGCACAUACCAAGUGAUUUGCAGUGUGAGCUGCGAUGUCAGAAAUCAAGACAAAUGUAAAUAUCCUACACCUUUUGUCAUCAUCCAGCUCCUGUCUUUCUCUGUAUCUUUAGCCAGCAUUUCUUUCUCCCUGACUCAUGCACAUAUAUUCCCCUGUUCUGCACUUUACCCUUUGCCAGUUCCCCUUCCAGCGUCCCUGCCCCUGACUAACUAUCACAGCCCUCCUGCAGUGAUCCCUGGGCUGCAGUGGCAGUUGGGCACAGUUUACCAUGGCAAAUGAUGGGUUUGCUGUUGCAGCAUGACAAAGCUGCUCCCUGUUGCGCUCUCAUUGUACAGAGGUAGCCCUGUAGAGACCUGCUGCCUGUACACAACUCUUGCCCCUGCCCUGGUGCUGGGGCAUGAAGGGAUGCAUGAAGGGCUGUGCUGGACAUGUUUCAGAUGCUUCCUGGUAACCAAUCACUGACUGUUUAUUAAGCCGUCAAGUACGUGUUUAUAAACAAUUUCAACAAGGAGACUUAUGACCAGCUUGGGAGUAGGUGGCUUGGGAGAGAAUCCUUUUAUUGUUAUAGAGCCAAUACAUUUUUAAAAAAAAUAACCAUCCCCAACUAUUUUUUUAAACUCAAUUUUCCAGUUCAUAAUUGUAUUUGCUGGUGCAAUUGAUGCUGGGAAGCUAUUAACAGAUGUGAUCCAUCAGAGCUUAGAAGGAGCCAUUCAUAUUGCUCAAGGCUAAAAGGGACUGUUUGAGUAGCUAAUUUGCCUUCCUGGAUUUGACAAACCUUUAUCACUCACUUAGCCCUGUCUUGGGCCAACAGUGUGUCUCGGCAGAAACCACAUGCUCCAAAAAGGCAUCCUGUUUGAUUUGGCAAAGGUGAAGAACCAGAGACUCCACUGUGUCCCUGGGGAAUUUAUACAAAUGGUUUGUCAUUUUCACCAUUAAGCAUAUGUUCCACUUGUGUUCAUGUAUCACUUUUCAGUUUUUAGUAUUGUCUCACGCUUUUCUGGUUUAUGCUAAAGGACCUGUUUUGGUACCUGUGAGGGUAGCAAUACAUCAUAGCCCAGCUAUCUUGGGGUUUGGUUCUGUUUUGAUGAGGUAGACUGGUCUCUCUGAGCAUGGGUCUGUUAUGUUGGACACCAGCUUUCACUUGUCAACCUCCUUCUCGGUGUAUGGCAGUCUGGGGAAAGUCCCACCAGCAUUGGUGGGACAUGUUUACUGGUACCCUUCUACAACUGCUCUUCGUUACAGAGUCAAAGCUUGCUUUUGUUUAUCUGGCACAUCAGUUGAUUUUUGUCAUAGCUGUUGGAAACCCACCGUUCAUCUGAGUGUACUAGAAGAUGCACAAAAAAAAUCAUGAAUUUUCUAUUUUUAAAGUAUUGCAGCCUGAGUCUAAAAUCACCUUUACUUCUAAUGGCUCUGAGAGGCUCUUCCAUAUUCACUACUUUUGGCCUUGGAAGCAUCAGUAACACUCAGCGUGCCUGAAGCAUGUGUAUUUCUCUGGGCAGUUUUACUUUCCAUGAAGUGGAAGUAGCCAGUGAGAGUUUAUCCAUCAGUUACACCCAGGUGAAGGAAAGGUGUGUUUGCAGGGAAGUCAGUGAGCUUCCACAGGGCCUUUGCUGGUGAGUAGAAUGGCCGAGUACAUGCACAUGACAGAUGACGUUAUUCUCUCCUGGGAGAAUGGCCCCAAAUGGUGCGUGCAUUAAGAUGCCGGCUGGCUGCUCAUUUCCAGUCAUUGCUUCCCCCCGCCUCGAUGAAAUGGCUGGUCAGCUCACCCAUGCCUGUUCUGCAGUGGCUCAUCCUUCUGAACAGCAGUGUUUAUAUUCUCGCAAUAUAUGUGCCUUAUUUUGCGUUGACCUUGUAAAACAGAGGGACCAGGAUGUGUUGCCAAAUUUUCCUGAUGAGGCUGUACUUGCCAUUCAGUUAAUAGCACAUACCACUGUUGAUAGUGUCUAAAAUGUCUUGUAAACCUCUGGUAUUCACGUGUAAUUGUCCUUGGAUUGGUGGAAUGUCUCCUAUGGAACAGUCACUGUUGUCAGUCCUGCAGAUGUGUAAGAUAAAAAUGUGUUCUUUUUUUUUUUCCAAUUUUUAAAAUUUUUUUUUAUAAAGCUUGUAAUCCUUUUUUACAAAAAAAAAAAAAAGAAAAAAGAAAAGAGAAUGUGUAAAUACAUUUAUGUAUGGUAGGAAUAGUGUUCAGCUGUAACAGGCCUUAGUGGUCUUCAUUUGAUAAACCUGCAGUUAUGAUCUGAUGUUUCUCAAGCCUUAGGUUGAUCUGAAGGGUCUGUAGCACUGUGUACAUAUGAACUGUACUUCUGCUUUCAGAACCACUUAGCUUUUUUGUAACAAAGAAAAAAUGUUUCUUACAAUGUCAAUAAAAACAAAAGCCUUUGUACUUAA